UGGUCACUCCAAUUAACUCCAGUAGUCCCUUGCCGAAGAUGCCCUCCACAGCCAAGAGGGCAAAGAAUCCAAUCAUCGCCGCUCGGCUGUUGAGUCGCUCCGCAAAGUCCACGAAACCAGUCCUUGGGGGCGGCACUUCGGGUUGCUUUGGUGGCACAGUCACUCCAGUUGGAAGCUUUACCGCUUGUGUCCGCACUACCAGUGCGCGAGGUACGCGGUUUGUACUUCUGUUAGCGAUAGUUCCAGGGCGACCGGCGGUAGACAGCGAAGCCUUGAAGCAAAGCGAAGUCGCCAUGGAACGUCUGGUCAGGGAUAACCCACAACAAUACACCCAAUAUUAAAGAUUGAAACUUAGCGCUAUGCUUCAAGUAAGCAAACGUUGAAGUCAGAGAACUUAUCACUGUUGCCGCUGCUCAUCGCAUUGCCACACAAGUAGUAUCCGUACAACCGGAGUUGAGCUCGAUAGACGAACCUGGAAAUUUGUGUCCUAUACAAUGCAUGAAAGGCUAGGCGCGUUUACAGUUUUGGGAGGAAAUGAGUAGCAGGAAUGUGGGUGGCAAUGGGAAUGCCCCUGAAGAAGUUGGUGGACUCCCAAGUGCGCCGACUCUUGACCAAGUCUACGCUGCUAUAAUGUCACGUAAGAACAACGUACAAGAGCUUCCAGGUGCGUUGGACGCAGCAGCCUCGGAGGCAGCAGCUCGUUUCCAUUCCGGUCUGGGCGGCAGCCUGCGCACCAACACCCUCGAGCAAUUGCUGCUGCAAGGCCUGGCUCCGGGCGCGGACGAUUCCGCGCUCGGCGGCCCGCUAUCCGUCAUGCGGUCCAACACCAUGGAAGGCAUCCUGCGUGACGCCAUGUCGGGCGGGCGGGAGCUGCAGGACCUCAUGGGUGACUGGAACCAUCAACAGCAGCAACAACAGCGCCAGCAGCAGCUGCAGCAGCAGCUGUCGGGUUCAGAGAACAAGUUCGUGGAGGGGCUGCUGAGCGACAUGGAAGCCAUCGACGCGGCGCCCCCGGACGUGCACACCCUGCGCCGUACCUUCACCCUGGAGCGGCUGCUGUCGGGGGGCGAGUCGGAGUCGGCCGGCUCGCUGCUGCGGGCCGGCAGCCCCGCCCUGCCCAACCAGCUGCAGCAGCAGCACCAGCUGCUGCUACUGCAGCAGGCGCAACAGCAGCAGCAGCAGGCGCUGCUGCCACAGCGACAGCACAGCGGUGCAGCAGGCGCAGUAGCUGGUGGUGGUGGAGGGGAUGCUGCGGCGGGCGGGGGCGAUGGAGGAGCGGCGGCACAGGGGAUGCGGGCGAGUGGGGCACGCAGCACCGAAAGGCUGCAGCGUCAGGAGUCGCUCCACCGCCUGGCCGCCUCCUCCGGUCCCGGCCAGCUGCCACGACCCGGCAGCAGCGGCGGACCCAUGGGUCCACCGGCGACCCGUGGACCCCCUGCCGGCGGCUCCUUACUCCGCGCCGCCACAGGCUCCGGCCGUUACGGCGCCGCCGCCUCUGCUGCUAUUGCGGAGGAUGACGGUGCGGUGUCUCGUAGCCCCAAGCGACUCAAGCAACACCACCACCUUCCCGUGGCGGUCCAUUUGAAGUCCGAAGCGGCAGCAGGAGGCGGUGGUGGUGGUGGCGGCAUGGCUGCGGCUCCGCAGCGCUCCUGGUCUCAGAGCCUGCUGGACCUGGCGAAGGCUGCGGCGGCACUGGACGGCUGUGACCUGGAUGAGGUGGAGGGCGGUCAUGGUGCUGCUUCUGCUGCUGGCGGCAAGGAGGGAGAGGGGCGGGACAGGCAGCUGACCCAGCCGCAGCAACGGCGGGGAGCUGAGGUGGAGGGUGGUGCGGGGGAGCGGGGGCGGCGGAAGGAGGCGGUUGCGGAGAGGUUGGGGAAUGUGCCAGCGGACACACCCAUACCGCUGCCGCCGCAGUGCACUGCAGUCCCCUCAGCUGCUGCUGCUGCUGCAGGCGUGGAGUGCGGGCCGGCGGCUGGGGAACAGCAGCAGGGGGGCAGCCAAAACGAUGGGGGCGCGGAGCUCCCUGGCGGUGUCGGCGGCAAGCCCAGCAGUCCGCUCCCGGCCUCAGUCAGCCCUGCUGCUGCCGCCACUGCAGCAACCGGGGCGGCUGCAGGGGGGGCUGUUGCUGCUGCUGCGGCGGGUAUUGCUGGGGUUGCUGGAGCCAGCGGCGGCGGUGGCGAGGGCGGUGCAGGCGAGGAGGCGCCCGAGGGUGCUGCCGCCGCCGCCGCGGUGCAGCUGCUCCGGUCGCUGUCCGGACCGCUCCUGCUGAAGCCGCCUGCGGGGUCGCAGGGGGCGAUGGGAGGGGGAGCGGGGGAGGAGCGGGGACGGGCGCAAGCAGCACGAGGGGGAGCUGCGGGGGGUGGUGGGGAGGAGGCGGCAGUGGCGGCCUCAUCGCCGGACUGCAGCGAUUGGAAGCUGCUCCAGCAGCUGCGGUCCGAGGCCGCCCGCCUGUCCGCCUUCAACUCGGCGCUGCAGGAGCAGCAGGAGGCGGUGCUGCGGCAGGUGGAGGUGCUGCAGGCGCGCAACACGCGGAUGAAGCAGACGCUGCUGGAGGCCUGCCACGCCAAGGGCAUCCACGCGGACAUGGAGCUGCUGCACGUGAGCCUGCAGCACCACCGCGCGCAGCCGCUGCCGGAGGCCCAGGCGGCGCAGUUGGCGGCGGCGCUGCUGGGGCGGCACGGGGGCGACCUGGCGGCGACGGUGCAGCAGAUGCUGGCUCUGGCGUUGGGGCCGGGAGGGGGGGCGGGUGGGCUGGAGGGCGGGGGAGGGGUGGCGGCUGGGGGACUGGGGGAGCGGGUUGGGGAGGCGGGGCAGCAGGCUGGGUUAUGAGGUUCGGUUGGUGGUGAUGAGAAAGUGAUCGUGAUGUUGACAUAAUGUAUGUAUAUAUAGCGGUGUUACGAUGGGGGUGGUGAAAGGAAGGAAGGGCGCUUGGGAGAAGUGACAGGUCCGGGCUCUGCUGGGACUGCGGUCCUGGCAAAAAAGCUGCGUUGGCGUUGGUAGUUAUCCAGCUAGCCGUUGUACGGCAAGCGACUUGCAACGCGGGUUACGUAAGCCGAGAGCACAAGCAAUAGUGGGUUAUUGUUUUGCUUUAUUGUAUUCUGAGUUUCUCGUCAACUCGCCUUGCGUUUCGGUCGGAUAUUUGGCCUGAUUCCAGCUGAUUCCGUAAGAAAAAUGGACCCGGUGGUGGCCCUCCAGCGCUGGCUAGUCUUUGUAGCAUGUCUCAGAAUGCUUGCUGUCUUCAUUGGGAUCUUUGCUCCAAACAAGCUUAAGAGCCAGGUGUUUAACAGGCGGCCCGACCUAGUGAGCGGCCUCCUUGGGCGCCUCUUUGCAGCCUGGACCAUCAUGACCUGCGCGCUAUGCCUUGCAUGCGCCCGCGACCCAUCAAACCAGACAGUAUACGGCACCACCCUUUUCUCCUUUGCGGUUGCGCUCGCCUUCUUUCUCUCGGAGCUAUUUAUUUACAAGACCAUGACGAUACGUGGUGCAUUCAUGCCUUUUUUUAUUGCCUCCGUGUCGACAACUUGGCUCGCCGCUGGCUGGAACUUCUACACUGUCGCGCCUUGAGGUCGAGCAAUUCCGUGAUGAACUAUCGGUUUAUUCUCAUUGUAACGUGCAAAGUAAGA